CUCGUCACGCGCCGAUAUGUUCUGUAAUGGAAGCAGAGGAGGAGGGAUGGGAGAGAAUCUUAAAAACCCUAAGAUUUUAGACUAAUCCUUUGAGCAGAGACAUGCUUCACUCAAACUGUUAUCGUCACUACACUUCCUCAAGAGACGUACCUUCCUCUUCCUCCUUCCUUACAUCCCGUUCUAGGGUCUCUCCCUCUCCCUCUCCUCCUCUUCCACUCUCACUUCCUUGGAACUUCUCUCCUAAGCUCUCCACUCGCUUCCAACUCCACUGCUCCUCUUCUUCUUCAUCUCCACCAAGAUGCUCUAAACCUAAUUCUAGCUCCCACCGCCGCCGCUACGGCGGCGUCAUCCCAUCCAUCCUCCGCUCCCUCUCCUCCUCCGCCGACAUCGAAACAACUCUAACCUCCCUCUGCCUCAACCUAACCCCCAAAGAACAAACCGUCCUCCUCAAGGAACAAACCCGCUGGGACCUAACCCUCCGCGUCUUCCGCUUCUUCCAACGCCACCACCAAGGCUACUCCCCCAACGUCAUCCACUACAACAUCGUCCUCCGCGCCCUGGGGAGAGCCGCCAAAUGGGACGAGCUCCGCCUCUGCUGGAUCGAGAUGUCUCGCAGCGGCGUCUUGCCCACCAACAACACCUACGGGAUGCUCGUCGACGUCUACGGCAGAGCGGGCCUCGUAAAGGAAGCUCUUUUAUGGAUCAAACACAUGGAGCAGAGGAUGCACUUCCCCGACGAGGUCACCAUGGCUACUGUUGUAAGAGUUUUGAAAAACUCUAACGAGUUCGAACCCGCGGAUAGGUUCUUUAAAGGUUGGUGCGAGGGCCGUGUGGUUCUUGAUUUGGACUCUAUUGAUGAUGAUGAUGAUGAUCCUAUGAACUUGAAGCAGUUCUUGUCCAUGGAGCUUUUCAAGGUCGGUGCGAGGGGGCCCGUUGAGAGAAGGUCCGACUCUUCUUCUUCCCCGAGGAGGAAGCCGAGGCUGACUUCGACGUUCAACGCGUUGAUUGAUUUAUACGGGAAGGCGGGGAGGUUAGAGGAUGCGGCUAGCCUCUUCUCCGAGAUGCUGAAGUCCGGAGUUGCUGUUGAUACGGUGACGUUUAACACGAUGAUUCAUAUCUGCGGGACUCACGGGCGUUUGUCUGAGGCUGAAGCUUUGUUAAAGAAGAUGGAGGAGAAAGGAGUUAACGCUGAUACCAAGACGUAUAACAUUCUUUUAACUCUUCACGCUGGUUCUGGAGACAUCGAGGCGGGGCUUAGAUACUAUAGGAAGAUCAGGAGAGUGGGGCUGUUUCCUGAUACCGUGACUCACCGAGCUGUUCUUCAUGUAUUAUGUCAGAGGAAGAUGGUUGCGGAGGUUGAAGAUGUGUUGUCUGAGAUGUAUAUGAAUAGUAUUCGAGUCGAUGAGCAUUCUGUUCCUGUUAUUAUGGAAAUGUAUGUUAACGAAGGGAUGAUAGGGAAAGCGAAAGCUCUGUUCGAGAGGUUUCAGCUGGACUGCGUGCUUUCCUCGACCACGCUCGCGGCGGUUAUCGAUGUCUACGCUGAGAAGGGGCUGUGGGUUGAAGCGGAGAGCGUGUUCUACGGGAAGAGGAGGAGCGUGAUGAACGAUGUUUUGGUGUAUAACGUGAUGAUUAAAGCUUAUGGUAUGGCGAAGCUUCACGAGAAAGCGCUUUCUUUAUUCAAAGGGAUGAAGAAUCAAGGAACUUGGCCUGAUGAGUGCACUUACAACUCCCUUGUGCAGAUGCUCUCCGGGGCUGACUUGGUUGAUGAAGCUCAGAGGGUCUUGUCCGAGAUGGUGGAUUCGGGGUGUAAACCGGGGUGCAAGACCUUUUCUUCUUUGAUCGCUAGCUACGUCCGGCUUGGACUGAUGUCUGACGCUGUUGACGUCUACGAGGGGAUGAGGAAAGCAGGUGUGAAGCCGAACGAGGUUGUUUACGGUUCGUUGAUUAACGGAUUUGCUGAGAGUGGGAUGGUGGAAGAAGCGAUUCAGUACUUUAAAACGAUGGAAGAGGACGGUGUUAAGUCUAAUCAUAUUGUUUUAACGUCACUUAUCAAAGCUUAUAGUAAAGUAGGGUGUCUCGAAGAAGCUAGGAGAGUUUAUGACAGGAUGAAAAAGGAUUCAGAAGGUGGUGGUCCUGAUGUUGCUGCCUCCAACAGCAUGCUGAGCCUCUGCGCGGAGCUCGGCAUGGUGUCAGAGGCGGAAACCAUUUUCAACGAUCUUAGAGAGAAAGGCACGUGCGACGUGAUCACGUUCGCCACGAUGAUGUACUUGUACAAAGGGAUGGGGAUGCUUGAUGAAGCCAUAGAAGUGGCUGAGGAGAUGAGGGAGUCCGGUUUACUAAACGACAGCGUUUCGUUUAACCAGGUGAUGGCUUGCUACGCAGCCGACGGGCAGCUGCGCGAGUGCUGCGAGCUGUUCCGCGAGAUGCUGGUGGAGAGAAAGCUCUCCCUGGACUGGGGAACGUUCAAGACGGUGUUCACUCUGCUGAAGAAAGGCGGCGUGCCGAGGGAGGCGGUGGAGCAGCUGCAGGCCGCUUACAACGAAGGUAAACCGCUCGCCACGUCGGCGAUCACUGCAACGUUGUUCUCAGCCAUGGGGUUGUAUGCCUACGCGAUGGACUCGUGUAAAGAGGUCACGAGAGAUGAGAUCCCUCUGGAGCAUUACGCGUACAACGCGGUGAUAUACGCUUACGGUGCGUCGGGAGAAGUUGAUAUGGCUUUGAAGGCGUAUAUGAGGAUGCAGGAGAAGGGGUUGAAGCCGGAUAUCGUCACGCAGGCGUACCUUGUUGGGGUGUACGGGAGAGCAGGGAUGGUGGAGGGGGUGAAGAGGGUGCAUGGAUGGAUAACGUUUGGGGAGAUUGAAGCGAACCAGUCGUUGUUUAGAGCGGUGAGGGAUGCUUAUGUAAGUGCGAAUAGGCAGGAUUUGGCUGAUGUGGUGAAGAAAGAGAUGAGCAUUGCUUUUGAAGAUGGUCAAGAGGAGGAGUAUAGUUCGAUAUCUGGAGAAGGGGAAGAAGAAGAAGACGAAUCCGAAGAAGACGAUGAAUUUUGAAGUGUAGCCACACGUUAUGUGUAGUAAAAGAUUGAAGAAGAUAGAAUGAAUAUGUAUAGUUUUCUUAGAAGCCAAAAAAGGAAAUGUGCAAUGUGAAUCUUAAACUGUUUGUAGUAAAGAACAAAUCAAAUCUAUAGAAGCAAGCACUAUGUCAUCGAAACAA